AUGAGUGUUAUCGAUUCUCCAAAAUUCCAACUCAUGGCGAACUUGGCAAUAUCUGAAGAGCCGGGGCCGGCCGAAGUGGUUCAUGUCAAAUGCUCUGAACGCAAAGGAGACGCUGAUCUACCAGGAUGCAUACGAAAAGGUCUCACCCGACAUUACGGACAGAGCUGCGUUUCCGUAGCCGGUAUUUUCCUACUCCUUCGAGGCGAAGCAGAUGUACACGUCGUUCCCGACUACCCUUCCUCCUCCUUUAAGACGAUGGACGAGGUUGAGAACUGGUUUCAUAUGUUCAAAGUGAAGGCGCCAUUAGUUUGCACCACCGUCUUUCACUCCUAUGAUCCCGGCUACAACCUUCGAAUCGAACAUACUCAUUGCUAUUCUGACCAUGAUGAUGGUGGUCAUUACCACACCGACACUACUCCUGAUACUGUCGUGUAUGAAGGAUGGUUCACAGCUGCAGAGAAAAUCUAUCGAGUUGACCAGAUCUAA